AAAAAGUACACUGAGAAUAAGUAUUAUUGCAGGCUAAUGUGCUCUCUGUGUCAGCGUGUGUUAAUGUUUAACAGUAAUCCUUAUCAAUGAUAGAUACAUGACUACUUUGUAAAGAAAUUUGAAACAUAAGAGUUACUGAGUUUCAUAGAUGUGUGACUUUUACGCAGCAAACAUUAUACCUAUUUUAUGAAAUACAUCCUUGUUACAAAGAAUGAGUUUUGGAGGGGCCAGGCAUUAGGAUAAGACCCAGUGAUUGAUGACACAGUUAUCGGACAUUUUUACCUUUACUAAUGAUAUGGUCGACUUGAUCUUGGUGAUCACUAUCUCGUUAACAUGAUUCAUUGACCAUAAACCAGGAUAGAAGUGUGUUUCGCUAAUAAUUGUUUAUCCCCAUGGACAUCUUAUUUUCUUUAAUUAGAUAAAGCAUUAAUGUCGGCUUCUACGUAUGUGCCUUUCAUCUUGGGCUCAUCAUGUUCUCAGGUGUGCUUCAGAUGUCUGGGGUUUUUUUGACGAUUUUCUGAAGGAGUGGUGUUAAACAAAUUACUGGCUUUAAUGUAAUGUUGCUGUAAACUAAGCUAAUGGGCUGUAGCAUUGGCAAAUGAAGAUUUGGAAGCAAAUAGGAGACUGUGAGAGUUUCAGACAUGAGCCUUCAGUUGACCUCAAUUACUCAGACUCCUGACCGACUGGCCAGCAAAGGAGCAGAAUUUCUCAGGCGGAACAAUGCCAACACAGGGAUAUUUGCUCGUAGACGCAAGAGUGCGGUGGAACUUUUAGAGGCAUCCAAGUCGGAGUAUGUGAAGAGUGUCAGCGUAUUAAAUCACAAGCAGGAGCUAAAGCACCCUGAGGUUCUGCAUAUUGGGAAUCAGUCAAAUAGCAAUAUCCCAAGCAAUUGUCCUGUUCGCCCUGUGUCAGAGUAUGGAACAGGAAGGGAUUCUUUGGAUCAUAUAGGUGAUACUUCAGCACCACAUAUAUCUGUUGAGAGAACUGAUGGUAAAUGUGUUCAGAAGAAAAAUUCAAAUAGCUCGGUGCAUUCUGGGUCUUCCAAACGUGUUCGGCUGGUGAGUGGGGAUGGUGGUAGACUUGGACAAAGCAGUCCUGAAGCUGGGAGAAUUGGACCCAAAGAACCCGAUUAUAUUGUGUCCCCAGUGCUGAGUGAAAAUCAAAAAAUAAAAGUUUGUGCAUCUUUGUCAAAUAGUUCCGAUAUCAAACAUAAGGACCAUGGAGUGAAUAUGGAUUCCGCUGUCAAAGAAAAACCAAAACUUCCAGAAAAGCCUAAAAUUCCAGAGAGACCUAAACUUCCAGAAAAGCCCAAAAUUCCGGAGAGACCAAAGCCACCUGUGAGAUCUAAAGAUUUCUUAGUUCCUACUUCAUAUCAGUCUCUUAGUACAUCAGUGACAGUGCUUGUUGAAAAACGAUGCUCUAAUCCUACAAAAAAAGGGUCAGAAAAUGAACAUGGUAUAGUGAGAAGAAAAAAGACCCUCCACAGAUCUCAGUCUGACCUUAGCUGUCGACACUCAAGGACAAGUUCAGAUAUGUCUGACCUCAGCUCAAGGAGGUCAAGGACAAGCACAGAUUUGGAGAGAUUUUUUGAUCAAAUGGGCAUUGACCGAACAGUGUUGGACCCGAUGCUUAGACUUCACCACAGAACUCAGGCUCAUGAGUUACAGAGCAUGAGUUCCAUUGCGUCUGCUCCAAAUGAUAGGAGCUCCUGCAGUGAUGCUUCACAGGGCGGUGAAAUGUCAGAAACAGAUAAAAAAAUAGCCGAGCGUAACAGCAAACAAACUUCUAUAGUAGAAACAAAUGCUAGGAUCAUAAAAUGGUUGUGUAAUGUGAACAAGGCACAGAAACCCAGUCAGCAGUCUUCAUCCUAACAAAGGUCUCGUACUCUGAUAACUUUUGGAUUGAAGUCAUGCAAUAAUGGUGCAAAAAUUAUUACUAUUGACGAAUGAAGAUUAGAAUUUGAAUCCUGAUCUUGGAGAAUCUCAACCAAAGCAACAAAAUUAGUGUUCAGUUCUUUCUGUUUAAUCCAUAACAUGGUUAUAUUUACCAUUUAAACUGGAGAUUUACCAUAUAUGAUACAAAUUCUUACUAGUAUUAUUCUGGUACCUCUACAAACCAUAUGUGCUAAGAAACUGAUGUAUAUGUUAAAUGCAUUAAUGAUUACCGGUAUUUCAAUUAUUUGACUAUUUUUUUUUUGCUUUUAUCUGUGCUUAAGUGCUGAAUAAUUCAAACACACUAUGUGAAGUGCUUUGUUGGAAUUUGAGGAUAAUGGAAAUGAUUCAUAAUGGUUUAUACAUGUAGUUAGAUAUUUUGACUGUGUUAAUAUGAUAGCAGUAAAAUAGUUUAUCCAAUGCAGAUUCCAUUGCCGAGGAUAUUUACAGCGAAGGAAAGCUUGCCUCAUAAUUCUUUUAUUUAAAACCACUUAAUUUGGAAAAUUGCUUUUAUGGAAUGCAAGUGCAUAUAGCAAAAGUUAAUUUUACCAGCUUUUAACUGCAAUUGACCAAGUUUUGCUGUGAGAAUCUGUAUUGUACAAGAAUCAAUAAUUUGAGUACUCAGUACCAUUUUGAAGAAAUAUGUACACUUUGGAGAAUGGUGUUUAAAAAAGAGCAUUUUUUUAAAAGGUGUCUCUUAUUGUGAUAUAUAUGCAUUUAGACAAUUUUAACAUGUGAAAUAUCUGCACUGAACUGAACUGUACUGAAUGCCCUGUCUUUGAACUCUUCACAGCUUAAAGUUUGAAAAUAGACCAAAAAUAUGCAUUUCCUUUGAGUUGUAUUAAAAGUCUAGAGGUUUUUUUUUCAUUUACCAUUUAUAUGUACUUGUAAGUCAAAGCAUUGUUUUGCAUGUUUAUAUACCCACACAUUACCCAGGGAAUUUUCUAUCCUGCAACUUGUGUGGUAGUAACAUAACUGACACUGAAAAGAAAUGUAGACCAGGGUCUUAAUUAAUUCUGUAUAUAUAUCCAUGUACCAGUAAAUCUUCAAAACUUAGCUCUAUUUAAUAUAUCUGUGGAACUUUCUUAAUAGACACUGUGAUAGAGAUCUGCAUUGUAGUGCCUUUUAUAUUUUACAGGGAACAUUUCCAGCUAAUUGUUUUAUUUUGGAGCUUUUGGCAUCUGAAUUUAGUAGGUGGAAAUUUGUUGUCUUUGUAUCAAAGGCCUUUAUUGUUGGUAUACUGUAUCAGGUAUUGUUAUAUAAUAGAGAUAUAUUGUCGUUGCUUUAUGAAAUUGUGGACUAAUUGAAAGUAAAAUAAUAAUACCAAUCAAAACAUUUCAGUUAGUACAUUCUUUAUUUAGAUCGAAUCAACACAACUUGAUUAUGUAUGAAAAACAUAUUAAUUUUAAAGCUAUACACGCUAUAAUUUGCGUCAAUUUUGAAUAAAGGGGAAAAUGUAUGUGUUUGAUUACUAAUAAAAGUUACCUUUAUUCUGUUAAUUAUAAUGCUCAAUUCGAUCACGUAACAAAUAUAUCAAAUAUUAAACAAUAAAAAAUAUUUAUUUUCCUGCCAGGAAAGUAAUGCCUCCUCGUGAAUAUCAAUCUAUCACGUGAUAUCGACAGCUAAAUUUAGCCUAUCAUACCAAAACUGGUGAAGGGUCAACAUCUUCAUAAUUGUGAUAGUUUCACAAAGGAAGGGAUAUUUUCAGUAAAGCAUAAAUUUGUCCGAUAUACGAGUACAAACAAAAGAAAAAAAAUACAAGCCUGUGAGUAGAUAUGAAUACUUCCUUUAAAGAAAUGACGUAGACCUGUGUUUUUCCCCUAUGUGCUAUUUAUAGAUCCUAUAAGUGUUAAUGCAGAAGUAAGGGUAUCGUGAAUGGCAAGCGUAUUUUACUCAUUAUACAUGUAUGUAUUUCAAAUUAACAACUGUUAAGCAUAUUAAAAAUCAAGUUGGAUAUUUAAUUAGGCAAACAAUAACGACCACCUAGUUCUCCGCGGACAUGCGCAAUGAGGUCGGUUUGCUCUUCCUUCAUCAAUAUUCAUGAAAAGGUAUAUUUUCCUAGCUGGAAAAUAAACAAUUAAAAAUAUAUAUCUUUGUAACGAGAUGGAAUUCACCCUUGUAAUUUACAGAUUAAGGAUAACUUUUAUAAGUUGACAAAGACAUGCGUUUUCACUGUCAUUCAAAAUUGACGCAAAUUAUAGCGUGUAUAGCUUUAAGCAUUCUGUUUAUAUGUUUUUAUCUAUAUAACCUCUUUUAUAAGUGUACUAAACAAUUCACUACAAAAUCUCCGAGUUUCUCAAACAAGAGGCCCAUGGGCCACAAUGCUCACCUGAAAAAGAUUUGUAUUGCUUUUAACAUUUUUCCAAAUCUGAAACUUUUCUUAAAUGUUAUAAAACUUGCAAUAAUUCUUGUAUACAUGUAUUAAAAGAAUUGACAAUACAUAAAAACAAAAUAUUAAAAAAAGGUAAUUGAAACCUACUUUUAGUACAUCACAUCCAAGUUAUUAUUGCAUCAACAAACAAAUCUUAUCUUUGGUCUCAUUGUAUCAAAGAUAACAAAAUUGGAAAAUGAAUAAAGAUAAAAAAUAAAAA